CCAGGCGUCUGCUCUCGGGAUUGUUGCCAUGGAGAUCCCUGCUCGAGGUGAGCUCUCGGCAGUGCAGGAGGACGAGAGCAGCACGCAACUAGGGUUCGAGAAGCGAAUUCAGGACCUUGGAGAGCAGCGGCGCCAUGGACCCCCUUUCAACCAAGGGAACUACUACAUGCUUAUAGUGAUAGGAGAGAUAGCGACAGACCACCAGCUGCAACGCGCUAGAGACCAAGUUGAGCGGGGGAUUCGCUCCUGGGACAUCAGCCUCAAGUCAUGUGACCUGGACCAGCAGCUGCAGCUAUUUGUGACGCGCCACUCCGCCCAGUUCUCUGCAGAGGUCAGAGGGCAAAGGACUCUCCACCACAAGAGUGAUGUCCUAGAGACAGUCGUGUUGGUCAACCCAUCAGAGGAUACAGUUGCUUCAGAGAUCCAGUCUCUAGUCACAGACUCAGCAGGACACAAACUCCUGGUCCUGAGUGGGCAGAACUCAGACCACGGUGACCUGCUUCUCCAAAGUGGGGUUUUCACCUAUAAGAGCUUCUCACAAGUCUUUACUGAUCCUGGGGUCAGUGAUUUGCUGGGCGAAGCAGCCCCCAAGCAGCGGGCCACACUCACUGUGUCCUGCCGAUCAGAGGUGGGUUGGAGCUCCCUGGGUCAGCAGCAGCACUUACGGGAGUUCCUUGAGUACAGACUGAACACUGAGCCUGUGCUCCCCAAGAUGGAGGGAGUCACAGAGUUCACGGAGUACAUCUCCGAGACGGUGGAUGUGCCUUCUCCCUUUGACCUCCUGGAGCCGCCCACAUCUGGAGGCUUCCUGAAACUGUCCAGGCCCUGUUGUUACAUCUUCCCUGGGGGGAGGGGCGACUCGGCCCUGUUUGCGGUCAAUGGCUUCAACAUCCUAGUGGAUGGAGGCUCUGAACGUAAAUCAUGCUUCUGGAAGCUGGUCAGACACUUGGACCGCAUCGACUCAAUUCUACUCACUCACAUUGGUGCAGACAAUCUGCCAGGCAUCAACGGGCUCCUUCAGAGGAAAAUAGCAGAGCAGGAAGAGGAGCAGUCACAAGGCUCAACCACCUACAGUGAUUGGAUGAAGAACCUGAUCUCUCCAGAGCUUGGUGUGAUCUUCUUCAAUGUACCCGAGAAGCUACGUAUGCCAGAAUCAAACCUAAAGGUCAAGCGCAGCAUCGAGGAGGCCUCCCUCACGUUGCAGUACCUCAACAAACUGGGAAUCAAGCCGGAGCCUCUCUGUAGACUGGUCAGCAACACUAUCGAGCCUUUCACUCUUUUCCAUAAGAUGGGGGUGGGCAAGUUAGACAUGUAUGUUCUGAACCCCGUCAAGGACAGUAAGGAGAUGCAGUUUCUCAUGCAGAAGUGGGCUGGUAACAGCAAGGCCAAAACAGGCAUUGUGCUCCCCAAUGGAAAAGAGGGAGAAAUAUCCGUACCUUACCUGACGUCAGUUACAGCAUUAGUCGUGUGGCUUCCUGCUAAUCCUGCCGAAAAGAUUGUCAGAGUGCUGUUCCCUGGAAACGCACCACAAAACAAAGUCCUGGAGGGACUAGAGAAAUUAAAGCACCUUGACUUCUUGCGAUACCCAGUAGCCACACAAAAAGACAUAGCCUCAGGGGCUCCUCCCUCUGUUGUAAAACAGACAAAGUUAAAGCAAAGGACAGACAGCAAAGAAAGUCUGAAAUCAUCUCCCAAGACUACAAAACCCCUUAAGAAAGAAGCAGAUGAUGAGGUAUCAGCAGUCACAGAGGCAACGAGUGACUUUGUAAAGGAGAACAAGAUAGAGAAAAAGGAGAAGAAACUUAAAGAGAAUGAAAAACCCACAAAAAUAAUAAAAUCCAAGACUGAUGCACCAGAAAAGAAAAGACUAUUGAAGGAGAAAUCCUUGAGAAAACAUUCAAAGGAAAGGGCAUCCAAGAUGGAUGAGAAAAAAGACAAGGAAAAGAAAGAGAAAGUCAAGAAAGUUGACACAGCUAAAAAAGAAGAGAGAAAAGACUCCAAAGUUGACAAGAAAAAAGAUGCGUCUAAGUCAGAGUUGAGAAAGAUAACUAAGCCUGACUUAAAACCCCUCACACCAGAGGUCAGAAGGACCCUGCACAGGGCAAAAGUGUCAAGUAAACCCAAAACCGACAAAAGCAAAGGCAAAGCGGCCAAGGCAGAGCCGGCUGAACCGAAACCGGAGGAACCAGCAGCAGAGAACAUUCAACCUGAGCCACUACAGAAUGGGGGUAUUGCGGGCAUAUCUGCUUCCUCCACUCCAGAGGAUCUUACCAAGGACUUUGAGGAGUUAAAACAAGAUGAGGUAUCAUCAGAGCCACCAGAGAGUGCAGUGGAGACACCAGCAGAGGAAAGCAUGGCCGAAUCCCCUACCCAGGAGGAGGAGAAAGAACAGGAAACUGUCUCUAAAACUCCACCAGGCACAACGUCUCCUGAGAAGGGAGUAAUGGAAGUUGAAACUGAAUCUCAAAGCAAAGAGGACAAAUUAACACAAGAGCAUAAAGAAGAAUUACAAGCAGAGAAAGUGGAACUAUGUGAGGAUGAGGGAGCUGCAGUUGAAGAUGAGGAGGAGGAAGAAAAAGAAGGCCCGAUUGCAGAGAGGAAAACAUUUCAGGAAGAGGAAGAUAUGGGGAUAGGGGAGGAAGAAGAUGAUGCAAAAGAUGACGUGAAGGAUAAUGAACUAGACAGAAAACAUGAGGUGGAGGAAAUGGAGAAAGUUGAAAAGCCCACAGAUAUGGCGGUAACAAAAGAGGAAAGCAGAAGAGCUUCAUCCCAGGAGGAGGAACAGGAAGAAGAUGGACAUGUUGUUGAAAAGGCUGAGCUGGAAGAGGUAGAAGUUCUAGACAUGAUAGCAGAUGAAGAGGUCAAAAUCAAACCUGAAGAGGGAGAGAAAGAAACAUUGGCCAAGAAUGGGGAAAGCAAAGCAGUUAAACAUACUGCUGGAGCUAAAGAGGAGGAUGAGGAAGAUGAAGAGGGCUACGUGUCAAAUGUGGGAGGCGCUACCGUCGACAUAGUGUCAACACUGCAAGGAACUGCUGCAGCCGAGCCCAUCUCCUUCAUUCAAGACGAAACCAUUCCAGGCCACUCUGAAACUGAACAGACCAUCUCUGAUGAGGAAGUUCACGAAGAGGCUGAUGACAGGAUACUAAACCUCCAAUACGAAGUGGGUGCAUAUGACAUCUCUGUCCCAGAUCAGACAGGCUCCUUUGACACCAUCCAUGGGAUGAAGGAGAUGCAAGCAUCAGCUAUGGCUGAUGUAACAGCCAAAGGUUUUAUUUGUGGACAGGAGCAAGUAUCGGUAUUCACUAACAUCAUUGCUGCUCCCUUGGCUGAGGAGGAACAUGUUUCCUCAGCCACAUCCAUCACAGAGUAUGAUAAAUUGUCCUCCUUCCCCACCUCUAUUGCAGAGGACCAAUCAGUGGCCUCUGUCGCUACACCUCAGACUGAGGAAACAGGCAAAAGCUCUCUGCUUCUUGACACUGUUAAUAGCGUUCCCCUGGCAAUUCCAACGGAGGCCACACAUGGGAAAAAACAUUUACACUCUGCUGGGACCAUCUCACCAACAUCCUCCUUAGAGGAAGACAAGUACAUGAAGUCAGUUUCAUCCGAAGAGUGCCUGUCGGUUAUCUCUGAUUUGAAGACAGAGGCUAAGGUCAUCAAGACUCAUGAUGAAGAGGAAGAAGAUCAGGACCAAACUCCGAACAUUGACAUUUCACUUGGGGAGAGCUAUGCCUCCCCUCAAAUGCUCCAGGAUAGAGAUAGGGAUGUGGAACAGCUCCCUGCUUCUGAGGCUCCUGUCUCCAAACUUGUUCAGGAUUUGAAGCAGGAUCACCUACCAGUUGAGGAGUUACAACUCUUUAAGUCCAAAGAAGACAUCUUAACAGUGGUGCCUUCAAAACCCCUUUCACCCCCACCCUCUUUCUCAAAGCCUUUUAGGUCAGACUCAAUUACUUCGGAAGGUGAAGGGCGAUGCUGCAGUCCAGACGAUAGCACUGUGAAAAUGGCCUCCCCCACACAAUCUUCCCACCCCAGUGCAACCAGCUCUCCAACUCACUCUCCUCUUCAUCAGUCGCCUGUGGAGGAAAAGACCAAGGACUUCACAGGACUGGAGCAUCAAACACAGGGGAACCUUCAUGAUUCUGCCACCAAAACAGAAGAUAAGGAUGCAAAGAAAGAUCAAGCGGAAAAGGAAGAUAAAGUGGAUAAGAAUAAAAAAUUGGAUGCUGAUAUCAAGAAAGUUGAGUCGGACCUACUACCAUCGGUGGAGAAAUCAUUUCAAAAAGACUUGCCCAUUACAAAAGCGGAAGAAAAAGAUGGUCUCUCCCCUUCCAAAGGUGAGAUGGAACAGGAACCGGAGACAACUCCUCUUACCUCUGAGUCAGUCACAGGCAAAGACGAAGCUUCCAUAUCAGGAAAGGAAUCUCUGACAGUAGACAUUUCUAGUGGUAAGGCUAUACUCAAACACAGUGACGAGGAAGAUGAUGACCAUCAACAGAAAGAAUCCAAAGUGUGCAGUAAGGCUAAAUUCCCAAAGGGGAAGGAGAGUAGUUUCUUAGAUUAUGACGAUGGUGAGGAUGAUGAUAACGAUAAUGUAAAACCCAUCAAACAGGACAUGAAGAAGAAGGAUACAGAAAAAAAUGACACACAUGAGGCUAAAACUAUCAAGGAAGAGAAAGAGGAGAAAGAAAAACAAGACGUGUUCGAAGCUGAAACCAUCAAGGAGGAAAAGAAAGAAACAGAUAAAAUUGGUACAACUGAAGCUACUACUGAAGCUGAGCCCACCCAGGAAGAUAAAGAUGAGAAAGUGAAGGAAAAAGAUUACAUUCAUGAAGCUGAACCCAUCAAGGAAGAGAAGAAAGAAACAGAAAAUGUUGGUACAACUGAAGCUGAACCCAUCAAGGAAGAGAAGAAAGAAACAGAAAAGGUUGGUACAACUGAAACUGAACCCAUCAAGGAAGAGAAGAAAGAAACAGAACAGGUUGGUACAACUGAAGCUGAACCCACCAAGGAAGAGAAGAAAGAAACAGAAAAUGUUGGUACAACUGAAGCUGAACCCAUCAAGGAAGAGAAGAAAGAAACAGAAAAGGUUGGUACCACUGAAGCUGAACCCAUCAAGGAAGAUAAAGAUGACAUUCAUGAAGCUAAACCCAUCAAGGAAGAGAAGAAAGAAACAGAAAAGGUUGGUACCACUGAUGCUGAACCCAUCAAGGAGGAGAAGAAAGAAACAGAAAAUGUUGGUACCACUAAUGCUGAACCCAUCAAGGAAGAUAUAGAUGACAUUCAUGAAGAUAAACCCAUCAAGGAAGAGGAGAAAGAAACAGAAAAGGUUGGUACCACUGAAACUGAACCCAUCAAGGAAGAUAAAGAUGAGAAAGUGAAGGAAAAAGAUUACAUUCAUGAAGCUGAACCCAUCAAGGAAGAGACGAAAGGAACAGAAAAGUUUGGUACAACUGAAGCUGAACCCAUCAAGGAAGAGAAGAAAGAAACAGAAAAGGUUGGUACAACUGAAACUGAACCCAUCAAGGAAGAGAAGAAAGAAACAGAACAGGUUGGUACAACUGAAGCUGAACCCACCAAGGAAGAGAAGAAAGAAACAGAAAAUGUUGGUACAACUGAAGCUGAACCCAUCAAGGAAGAGAAGAAAGAAACAGAAAAGGUUGGUACCACUGAAGCUGAACCCAUCAAGGAAGAUAAAGAUGACAUUCAUGAAGCUAAACCCAUCAAGGAAGAGAAGAAAGAAACAGAAAAGGUUGGUACAACUGAAGCUGAACCCAUCAAGGAAGAGAAGAAAGAAACAGAAAAGGUUGGUACCACUGAUGCUGAACCCAUCAAGGAGGAGGAGAAAGAAACAGAAAAGGUUGGUACCACUGAAACUGAACCCAUCAAGGAAGAUAAAGAUGAGAAAGUGAAGGAAAAAGAUGACAUCCAUGAAGCUGAACCCAUCAAGGAAGAGAAGAAAGGAACAGAAAAGUUUGGUACCACUGAAACUGAACCAAUCAAGGAAGAGAAGAAAGAAACAGAAAAGGUUGGUACAACUGAGGAAGAUGGUACAACCAAGGAAGUUGGUACAACCAAGGAAGAGAAGAAGGAAAAGGACAAAGAGAAAGAUGAUACUUGUGGGGCUGAGCCCAUCAAAGAGGAGGAGAAUGAGAAGGAAAAGUAUGAUACCUUUGAGUCUGAACCUAUGAAAGAAGAAAAACAGAAAGAAAUAGGGAGUAUAGUCACGUCUAAAGACGAGCUAAGCUCUUGUAUCUCUACCUCUAAAGUGGAGCCAGGCUCAGACUCCACCACUGCAGAAAAAAUAGAGCAAGAGAAAGAUAACUUUGUGGCUGAACCCAUGAAAGAUGAGAAGGAUGACACUUGUAAGACUGAAGCCAUCAAGGAGGAAAAGAUGGCGAGAGAACAUCCUCUUCAGUCUGAACCAAUGAAAGAAGAGGAAAGAGAAAAAGAGAGAGAUACUUUUGACAGUGAACCGACUAAAGGAGAGCACAGAGAGAAAGAAAAGGAUGACACAUGUAUGGUGGAAUCCACCACGGGGGGCAAGAAAGAAAAAGACAACAAUACAUUUUUUGAGAUUGAGGUGAGCCAGGAAGAGAGGAUAGAGAAAGAUGAUACUGAUGUGGCUGAAUUCAGUAAAGAACAGAAGAUGGAAAAGGAGCAAGAGAAAGAAGAUAGUGAUUUCGAAGACAUCAACGAUGAGGAAAGAGAGGAAGAUAGAGAUGACAGUUAUGAAGCUGAAACCAUAAAAGGAGACGAAAGAGCAAAAGAAAGUGAAACAGCUGACACAGUCAACUAUGAAAUGAGCGUGAAAGAGACAGGAAAAUAUGAUUCUCAUGAGAUUGAACCUACUAGAGAGGAGAAAUGGGAGAAAGAGAAAAAGGAGGUGCAAGAGAAAGAUCUAAAAGAGGCUUUACAACACAGCGUACAGACAGAAAUGAUAGAAAAGGUAGAGGUGACUUCUGCGACAAAGCUUGAACCUACAUUUCAGGUUCAGUACUCAGACGGAGAUGAGGAAGAUGAGGAGGAAGAUGAAUCCAUUUGCAUGGGUGGUGCAGGCUCAAGACCUUUAUCAGUGGAACCUAGACAAUCAGAACACGAGAUCAUCUCUCAAGACCUGCUCUCCACUCAGUCAUCAGAGAAUGUGCUUAGUGACCAGGCGAAGGACAGCCACUCUGAACAGACCACUGGGCUUGUGUCUACAUUACCAAAAUGGGAGACCUCUCCUGAUAAAGACCUCAAAGAGCAGCAUAAAGAGCGACAACAUAGACUCUCCCCUGAACUAGAAAAGGACAUCAAGACAACUGAGACCACAUCAGCAACCCAUCCCAGUCAAGAGUCCACCAUUGGUUUCCCUACCUUGAAACCAGUCUCUGCUAUGCCUACCACAAAAUUAGAGCCAGCCUCUGACUCCACCACUACAGACAAACAGUCGAUAGGUUCAACACUAUUAAGCACUGACAGCAAGGCCAGUGUGACGGUAUCCAGCCAGCAUGAAACACUGCUGCUAUCUAUGACAACAAGCAAAGAAGCAUCUAAUACGGAUGAAAAGACAAAGCAUGUUUCUCCAAAAGAUGAGAAACCAGGCAAGGAAGCUGAGAUGGAAAUUGCAAAAGAGCGGGGAGUUGCUUCCCCAGAGCAUACACAACCUUGUUCAUAUUUUGCCUUGGAUAAAGAUUCUGAGAAGGUUCCUGAGCAAGUGAGCCACGUCGAUGCUACAAAAGCAGACAGUGCCUCUGAAAAAUUGAAAGGCUCUGACAAAAUAACAACGGAGACUGUCAGUGUGAGCUUGCAAGAGGACCAGGGCUUUGAUGUGUCUAAGUAUGAACCCUAUGAAAAGCCCAUUUCAAAAGAAAAGCAAUCAGACUAUAAAGAAGACCGUGAGGUAUCUAGAGAGUUUGAUCGGUCAACACAAAUUGGCAUUGUUGAUAAUAGGAACGUUAGCCAGGCAGAUGCUGGUGCAGCUGCAUUCUACUCAGAGGACGAGGAAAAAGAGGAACCGCUGUCAUUCAGCAGAGUUGAUUACACCCCUCCACCUUUCCCCAAGAGCGAGAGAAGUCUCCAUUGCAGCUCAAGUGCCUUCACUGAACACGAUGACAAAGAGAAAGGUCAAGAGGAAGUGAGUGAUAUGAAGGAGGGGCAAUCUACACCACACGUGGAAAACAGCUUUAUGUAUACAGAGACUCAAGACAACAAGACCACCCCAGCAGCAGAGCAAUACUCAUGUGCAUUCAGUCUCAAAGAAGAUAAACCUGAGAAAGUUGAGAAGGAUGAAAUGAAGGACAAGACUGGAGCAUCUCCCAGUGUAGCGGAGUAUUUACCAGUCCAGUCAGGCAGAAAGGAAACAGCCUCUUCCUCAUGGAGUCAAUCCAACACCGAUGCCCAAGCCUCAGCUACAGCCAUGCCCUUUGAAGAUGUCCCUGAGAAGCAGGCCACAGAGAAAGAGAAGGAAAAAGAUGAGCCAGUGAAAGACUAUAUGGAUUCAUCUGAUAGUGAGAGAGGGGACUCUCCCUGUGGCCGCUACUCACCAACGGAAAAAGACAUGUUACCUCAUCAAGCUUUGCCUAAGGAAAAGGACAAUCUGGCCACUGCUGCCCCCUUGGCCAGAUAUUCAGGACAGCUCCUAGACGAUAAUGUUCUUGCAUCUGAGUGCACUCAAAUUGGCAGCUCUAUCACCAGUAAAUCUACAAUGGGCUAUUCUGAGAGAGAAGGCACUCCAGACAGUGUUGAUAAGAGGCUACUGGUGGUGGGAGAGGAUUAUGAUGAUGAGGAAGAUGAUGCACAAGAAGAAGCCAGUGAUCUAGAUGUGGAGAAGGGAGCGAGAGAGCAGUCUGAAAAAGAAAUAUGUAAAUCUAUAUUGGAUGAUACCACUACUUCUAAACGUCCUGUGACAAAGGAAGAGGACAAGAAGACCCUCUCACCAGAACCUGAACCCAGCCUCCUCAAAAAGGAGGAGCCUUCCCAUUCAAUGGCCACAAGCAGCCCUCCACCAGCAGAUACUGCAGAUUCCCUUUUGAAGAAUGUAGUUGGGGCCUCGCCACUCCAGUCUGGCAGUUACACUGCAAUAGAACAAACAGGAUCUGGAGGAUAUCCUUCUGAAUCCUCAGAGUAUUCUGAGGACAGCCAACUGGGGUUAAAGGAGGAGAGGUUUGACAGUCCUGACCCCUCUUUGCCCACCAAGUCCAGUGAAGAUAAACAUUACAGUCAGGGAGACAUUGAAGCUGACAGGCAGAGAACCCCAGAUACUACUAGUAGAAAACCUGAGGAAGAUCCUUCGUGUUAUCUCUCAUCUACCUCAGCUUUUCUAUCAACCAGCCACCAGUUGGGGGAGGAGUUAGAGACCCCCGUCAUAAUGUCUAGUGGCCCCUACAGGACAGAUUCUGAGGGUGCUUUCUUUGAGUAUUCUUUAUUCAAAGAUGAAGACUCCUCAGCCAUGCACUCAACCCUCUCAACCUCAGGGGUCAUGUUAAAGGAUGAGUACCUAGAGGCAUCUGAAAAGCUUACGUCAACAACCUCAGCUACAUUCAGUCUGACAAAAGUCUUUCCAGUCUUAGCUACUCCAGCCAAAGACAUUACAGAACAAGACUCAUCAUCAAGCCCUGAGAUGGACAAGGGUCAAACCUCAGAUAACGUUCAUAAACUUGAGGGCACUGUUGAAACCAAAACCAUAACGUCUGCUGGAGCUUCAGAACCACCAUGUUCCCAGCUGUCCAAACCCGCUGAAACCAUAUCCACUUCAAGGGCUUUCUUUGAGGUUUCCCCAUUGCAAAGAGCUGAUUCUUCUGACAGAGAAUCCCAGGGCUCAGCGGUCAGCAAAGAGUCCUACACUUGCAAAAUGGAGGACAGUACUCUUCCAUGCCGCAUUGAAUGCCAGAGAUUUGCAGUGACAGAACAAGAAGAACGCAUGCUGUCCAUGGCUGAGACAUACAUGGUCACUAUUAACUCCAGUACAACCACAACAGUGUCCCAAUCUGAUGGGGUGACAAAACCACAGCAGUCAACUGAAGCCUCUUCCAACGGGGCUACUGAGGUUAGCACAAGUCCCCAAGAAGUCCUCAGUGGAGCUAGCAAAGCCUCUUGUGUCACAACAGCAGACCUGCCUAAAACAGAACAGAAAAAGGAGGAAAAAGAGACAAAGGAUGAGAAAGACAAGAUAGCAAUGAAAGAGGAAGAAAUUAAGGAGAUCAAGGUAGAGACCAUAAAGGAGGACACCAAAAUGCCAGAGCAGAAGGAUAAGGAGGAGACAAAACAGAUGGACGAGAAGAAAGAGGUGGCUGGAGAGAAGGAUAAGGUAGAGGAGGAGGAGAAAGUAGAGGAAAAUAAGUUGGAGGAGAAAGAGAAAGACGGGAAGGCAGAGGAGAAGAAAGACAAGACUGUUGAGAAGGAGAGUGAGACAGAGAUGGAGAGGAAGGAGGGAGAGAAAGAGAAGGUAGAGGAUAAAAAAUCAGAGAAACAGGAAGAGAAGAUUGUCGAAAGGAGGAGGAGUAGCUUAUCUGACUGGGAACUCCUACAAGGGCCGGGCGCAUGCCCAAGUGACCCUCCUCCAGGCUAUGAAGACGAGGAGGAAGAAGCGUAUGAAAUGGAAGAAGCAGAGGAAGAGUAUGUUCAAAAAGAAUGUGUAUCCACAGGCGAGCCCACCCCUCUGUCCACAGCAGAACAUGCCCACCAUACAAAGGCAUCUGCAAAAGCAGAUGGAGAAUCCAGUUGCCCCACUGACUUGCAUAUGGAGGCUACCUCCACCUCCCCCCCUGGCUAUUCCUCGUGUGAAUUUAAACACCGCAAAGGGGAGAUCUCCCCAUCCUUCAUUAACCCCAGUCCACACGCCCUCUCCAGCGAUGAUGGCGAAGAGGACAAAGGGAGUGACCACUCUCCGGAGGGGGAUGAAGAUGACCGGGAGCAACACUCGGUCAAGAGGAGGUCUCACAAGCAGAAGCGACAGCACAUUCAAAGUGGAGCUGCUGGAGCUGGAGCGGGAUUGCACCCAGUUUCCAUGCCUCCUGGUGGCAUGGCAACUGGACUUGGGAUAGUGCUAGCUGGAGAGGAGACGCCCCCCACAUCAGCAAGUGACUCGUUGGCGUCCCAGUCGGACUCUGACGUACCUCCCGAGACCGAGGAGUGCCCGUCGAUAACCGCAGAGGGGAACCUGGACUCUGACGAAGAUGCAGAACACCUGCCGGUGGAUAAACUAUCUGCCUCCGCCACAGGAGGGGGCACUCAACCCCCUUCACCCAGAUCAGCUGCGAAGGCCCAUGACCCCCCACCUGCCCCCAUGAAGGAUCCGCUCCCCCACCUGCCUCACCCUGAUGUGUGCAUGGUGGACCCAGAGGCCCUCCCUGACAACCAGAGCAGCACAGAGAAAAUGCUCAAGAUGGACCACAAGACCACCAAGAGCCUGCGGAAGGGCCUGGGAAAGCCUAAGUCUGCGUCCCCAGCCCGGAAAGGGAAGCGGUCUACCACCCCUGCGAAGCAGGCCUCCAAGGAUUCCUCGCCUCGUUCGGUCUCUCUGAGGAGGAGGGACAUGGAAAGGAGCUCUAGGCUGACGUGGAUGUCCGAGGGCCAGGGAUCCAAGGUGGACCUACACGCUCCAGGGAAAGGCCUUGUGAAUGGCGUCAAGAGCAAUUUGGGUACCAACUCCCAGAAAUGUAGUUCAGCCGUCCCCCCUGGUCCUCCAAUCUAUGUGGACCUGGCCUACGUGCCCAACCACUGCAGUGCUAAGAACGUGGACCAGGAGUUCUUCAAGCGGGUACGUGCUGCGUACUACGUGGUGAGCGGCAACGACCCAGCUGGUGGAGAGCCUAGUCGUGGAGUCCUGGAUUCCCUGCUCGAGGGAAAGGCCGCGUGGGGCUCCAAUCUACAGGUGACUCUGAUCCCUACUCAUGACACGGAGGUGACGCGGGACUGGUACCAACAGACACAUGAAAAACAGCAGGACCUGAACAUUAUGGUCCUGGCCAGCAGCAGCACAGUGGUCAUGCAGGACGAGUCUUUCCCUGCCUGCAAGAUUGAGUUCUAAGUUCUGCGCCGCUUGCUAUUUUACCCUCCUCCCCUCAUCACUCCAUAUUUGGCAGGUAGAGAGAGGUCCUUUGCUACUCUCUAUCCUCCCAAAGCCUUCUCUUCUGUCAGCUCUACAUUUUGCUCUCUCAUGGUGUAAGACUCCAUUGCAUUUGCUGUAGUCUUUGGUUGGUGUACUGGCUUCCAACUGGUCAAUGUCACCUGAGAACAGCCACCACUCAGGCAGAAACAUUGAUAUAGGGUCCAUGGUAGCUGUAAAAAGGUGUGAGGUGCAUUCAUUUCUAGCACGCUUUCGGUUGAAACAGCAUACUCGCACGAUAAAACCACCUCUUUAUUUGAUCUUAAUGCAUUUGGCUUUUCACAAAUAACCUCCCCAACACACACAUUUUGUGAUCAUCUGUGAAGAGGGUAAUUCUCAAUAGUUAUUUCAAAGCUUUUCAAUCAUACUGCACCCAAAUCCACAUCUAAAUGGACAACACUUUCCAGCCAAAAGAGCCAUCUUAACAAUGUCAACUCCCAGUCAAUGAAGACGGUGCACAGUUGUGCAGUCUUACUGAUCGUCUUAAAUACCCAACAAAAUUAAAUACAAUUUAAAAAAUGGCACAUCCAGGAGGGCCAAAGUAAGUGCCAAAACACUUUUGAGGUGUUCAGCACUCUCCGAAAUAAGUCCAAAGCCUUUAAGAGGUGAACAGUUAGUUGAUCUCAAUUGUACGCAGACUACGCACAAUGUUGUAUGAUGGUAGUAUUUUUGUAAGUAUCUUAAGUUGAGGCUUUGUUUUUCGAUAUGAGAUAUUAUUCCUGUUUGGGGAUAUUACGUAAGAUGCAGCUUUCUAUUCUAUAGCGUUUGGCUUUCUCAGUACUCUUAAUAACUAUGUCAACUGAUGUUCCAACAAAAAAAAUGACUAUACCACAUUGCUUGUUGUGAAUCUUUAGGAGGCGCCUGAAGGUGCCACUUUUAUUGAAAGAACUAGCUUUUAUGGGUUAUUUCCCUCAGUGGCUGAAGUAUGAUGCUUGCAUUUAGCUCAGACUCCUUCCUUGAAGAGGUAGAGGGUUCUUGACCGUGUGUCUAGUCCUUGCAGUCUCCAAGUAUGGAGUACAAACGUGUUGAUACCUAAACGUUUGGCUGGGUGUACGCUAAAGUGAACGUCAUACUGUAGGUGCCGGGCAAUGGGAUGGUAUUUCUAUAUUUACCAUAUUUCUGCUGGGCGUAAUGGUUCUUUCUAAAUAUCUGAAGUCCUUAUCGUCGUCUUUUGUCGGUUGUAUUAGAUGAAUACUCAAUUAAAAACAUACAGUAUAAACAUUAUAUAUUGAUAUAGGGAGAGAUUGUAUUAGAGGUAUGCUAUUUUGUGAUAACACAGCAGAGGAGGAUGUCAAAUGCAGUUUCCGUACAUUUUGACGUUUUCUCCCGCUUAUUUAUAUUGUACUUGUCUGUAUGAAACGAUUUGAUGAAGCGAUGGAAACUGCAGUGGCCUUCCGCAGAGAAUGUAGCAAUAGAGUCUAUUCCGUCCUUGUGAGACCGGGUUGUGUGGAGGUUGUGUGGGUGUUAUUUUGCAAAAAUGACUGCGGUGGUAGGCGGUCGCUCUCAUGUGCCUUCUGGUUGCGGUAUAUUGGGCAAGAGAGAAGGAUUCGAGAGGAGUAUGAUAAGGGCUUCCCCUUUCAUACUAUCCAUUGUGGAGCCGUGAACUUGGAUCCAGGGAUAAGGCAAGAAACAGUGGAGAAAAUGCCACACGGACAAAUCGAUAGUCGUUGUCCAGGGAUAUCUAGUUAGCCUAAUAUAGAUGGAUGGAUGCUGUAUACGCACAAGGUUGGUAGGUGAAAAGCUAAUUAGCCAGCUUAGCCAGCACAUUUAGAUUCAGUUACUGAUAUGCUGGUCAGCAUUUGUCCCCUAUCUUAAAGUGUCACCCAGCAAAUGUAUCAAACAAUAACAUGAUCAAAGAGCAAGGUAUUGCACCAAGCAAGAAUGCACUUUUCCAGAGGGGGGUUUAGGAGUGGGGCUGCGGUUCUAGUGAGAGAAGCACCGAAAAUAUACAAUUAUCAUUCUUUACCAUAAUGUGAACUAUGGUAGCGUUUGAUUUUAGGACAAGUACCUAGCAAAAGUACUCCAUACUGUAUGUAAAUAAAUAAAUAAAAAAUACUUGUUCUUCAGAAUGAUUUCUUAAUUGAAGAGGUAAAAAAAAUAUUACAAAAAUAACACCGGUAGCUAUUUAUCUAGUGAAAAAACCCCCAGACUUUUCAACCCUAAGAAAAUAUUUAUCAGACGAGCAUGAAUGUGAUGUUGUUGAUUGUAGUGGGUAGAGAUGUGGCAAUGUGUACCACAGGUCAAGUAGCAUUAAGUUGUGUGUUGAAGUAUGUGCAUGAGUGGUACACACGGAGACAGGGUUGGGUUUUGAAGAUGCAUCAUAGUGUUUUUUUUAUUUUUUUUAUGCCAGUGCGGUAUGUAUUUUUGUUGGUUAAUCAGGAGGUGGAGCUUCUUAAAAUUGUUGCACUGUUCAUUGGAGCUCAUUACAAAUCUGAUUCACAUUAAAUUCCAUAGAGCUUAGUCACUUUUUGAUUAAUGUUAUAUUGUUUUCUUACAUUUUGAGGAGUUUUUUUUUUGGUAGUUGUAUUUAUCAAAUUAAUUUACAGUUAUGUACACAUGAUCAGUAUUAGAUUUCUUUAUUUUUAAAAAUUGUUUUUCAAUAUCAGUUACAGUACAUGUAGGACUAACACAAUUAUGAAUGUCUCUUUUGUUUACAUUUCUUAGAUUGUAUUUUCAAAAAGAUUACUGAACAUUUAUUUUAUAAAAAGCGUCUGAUUGUCAUAGAUUUCUUUUUUGCUUAAUGAUUCUUAAAAUGUAAUGUGUUUCUUAUUAGAACUGUUGUGUGUUUGGGGCUCCUGAGUUCAGGUCAGAGAGUGGACUGAGUGGGGCAGGCUGGUAUUGCUGGAGAUACUGUCUCUGACUCAUAGUCUGCUGCAGAAUCCAAGACUGCAGACAGACAAGACAUCAACCUGCAAGGGAACACUCUCUCCCUUUAUCGGACUCAGAACCUAAACAGUCUCCUCUUAGGCUGAAACCAUUAAUCCACAGUCUGCAGCCAUCUUGCGCUAGCCUGGGAAGGAUGCCAUCCUUGUCCUUUUGUUGAACUUAUUCAAAUGUGCUUGAAAAUACUGUAUAGUAAGCUGAUAUAACAGUAUGCAGGAGAGCCUCCCCCAGGUCUGUUCUUAGACCGGCAGCAGAGCUAGCCAGACUCGCGCAGCUCCGAGUGAAUGUUUCCUUUCAGUAUUAUUAAGAUACUCAAUGUGUAAGCUACAGAUUUAUUAUGCACUGCGAUAGCGUUGAUAUGCAUGUCAUGUUGAAUACUGUUUAGAGUCACCUAGGUUAGAGAGAGGGAGGGCAUGUAUGAAUCAAAUGUAUCAAUACAUUGAUCAAGCAAUCAGCCCAGCCGGCAAAACUAGGCAAUAUAACGUCAUAUUUGUUUUUUUCUGGUCAAGAAUACAUCAUAAGCUAAUCAGAUUCCAAACAGAUAAAUACGUUUUUCCUGGAUGAUAAAUUACAUACCCCAGGUUAAAAGAGGCCACACUAAGCCUAUGAGAGGUUGUCAGUGAAGGUACAAAUAUAUGGCCUUGGAUAUUUUACAAUAUGUUGCAAGGGUUUCUAAACUGAACUUAUCCAACUAUACGGCGGUGUACAGACCUAGUACUGUAUGGGUGAGGGAAAUCGGAACCAGGGUCAAGAUGCGCUGUUUAACGUAUAUAUUGUAUGGGUUUUCUGAGUGGUCUGACAUGUUGUAUUGUCCUGAAGUCUGAGUUUGUUUUUAAUUGUGGUGGAGAAAUCUUGGUGGCUUGAUUUCAAAUACACGGCCUUUAGGAUCAAGCCUCCUGGGGCCUUGGCAGAACGCUGUGAAACUCUCAAUACAAAAAUGUAUACAACAAAUAUGACUUUGCAGGAGCAGAAUUAUCUAAACCUGAAAUAAUAACACUGAAUGUAGGGUUGGUAUUAUUUAUGGGUUGCACCUAGGUUACUCGGUCGCGUCGUUGCCAUUGUUCUCAAUGUUCUACAAAUGCCGCAGCAUAUUGAUGUCCGACUGAUGCUAAAUUAAUGCUCAGUCUUAUCUGGACGGGGGCUAAUGACUUACGUCAAAAUUACACUAUAGUGGCCUGGAAAUACGAUGACAUUGCUAGAGUAAACAAAUAAUGAUUCGAAAACAACUUUGCCAUCAUUAUGUAAUCUAGUUGACUUUAGAGAGAUGGCAAUGUUGCGAUGAGCUAGCAAAGUUAGUCAGAAAUAGCUAGCAAUGCUAACUUUAGCUAGCAGAAAUGUCAGUGCUCUCCCCUCAAUCCUAACUUCGCUAUAGUUAUACUGCAUCCGAAAGUCAAUCUGGCGACAUCACAAUGACGACAAAAAGCUUGUCUUACUCCUUUUGAAAUGUCAUCGUGUUUUCAAGCCACAGUAAUGCACUUAAGACUAAAUCUUAAUGCAGUCUCAAUGGAUACUGAUGAAGUAGAAUUCUCAGCUGGGCAUCAGUCCUAAAAACAUACGUUCAACACAAUAUGGUAACGAAACGUGCAACCCGUGCAAUUUUUUUAAUUUAAAUUUUAUUUUACCUUUAUUUAACUAGGCAAGUCAGUUAAGAACAAAUUCUUAUUUUCAAUGACGGCCUAGGAACAGUGGGUUAACUGCCUGUUCAGUGGCAGAAUGACAGAUUUGUAUCUUGUCAGCCUGGGGAUUUGAACUUGCAACCUUUCAGUCCAACGCUCUAACCACUAGGCUACCCUGCCGCCCCGGCAUUGAAUACUCAAUGCUGCUGGAUUUAAAAAAAACGAACAAACAUACAAUUGUACACAAAUAUAUGCGAAAUCAUUGGAGGAUAGCCUAAGGAAGUGAUGGACUACUGCAUUCGGAUUUAAUUUCUAGAACAAAAGUUGAACUCAAAAUGGAUAUCUCGUUUUUAUCCAUAUUGCAGUGGCUGUUGUUUAAUUUUUCCAAGAGGAAAAAACUGUGAUUUCCCGACAACACAAACAGUUGGUGUCCAAUACUUACAAAAACACACUUACAAUAACACAGAAAAAGUACCAACAGCAGCUUUUUCCUUUCCUGAAUAUGACUUGAAAACAUUGAAACAAAAACAAUUAAAAGUUAAAUGAAUGAUACAUGUACAUUCAUGUGCGAUACACAAAUAUGUAUUUACACCUUAAAACAAAAUCAAAAUAGACAUGUCAUGAAACAUAUGAUCCUUCCUGUUAUACGUUCACAUGUUAGAGGAUUUUAAUCAAGCAUUUCAAAAUCCUAGGCAUUGAACAAAGAAACAGUCAAUGCUGACUACUGUAAAGUACAGAUGAAAAACAAAUAUAUUUCAGUUCCAUCCCUCUCAUUACGAAACAAUGAAGUCAUUUGAACACAAGUUCUCUGUCAUUCUCCCAUCUCAUCUCUCUGCAUGUGAACUAUUUAGUUAUUAUCCUGAAUGUAAUAAUUGAUUAACGUGGAAAUAAAUCAAGAAAUGCUCUCUUAAAACCGUAUAUUUGAAACAGGCGAUUGUUUAACUGGUAUUGGGAUGGCAUAUACUAUUACUGGGUUCUUCUGCUUUACUGUUUAUCCCUAAGAUGUUGUUGUUCUAAGAAAAACGCUGUACUACUGUAGUUCUUCUGUUUUUGCAGCUGUAUUAAUCAUAGGUCUGUUACUAUCUUCAGUGCAAUAUUCUCGCUCUCUCUCUCUCUCUCUUUAAAUCUAAAAUGCAAAAAGCUAGAACUACCGCAGAUUCAUUGUAAAAGGGAAACAGCCUGGUGAUGACAAAUAAAAAUACAUUUAUUGAAAUCAGA